UUUUAAUUAAUAAUUUAAUAUGUCAAAGUGUAAAAUUCGUAAUUAUUGAAUAAUGAAUAUAGUUGAAACUAUGAUAACGGGUUAAUUUGUAACUGAAAAACAAAACAAAUAGAUGCUGUGGUCACUUUAAAUUAGUUUACAUUAUGAUGAGGUGGUCAAGAAUGCCAAGACACUUAAUGUCUGUUGUACGAAUGCAAUCUUCCAACAUAACUACUACCAAACUAGUUCGGCUUGAUGAAUCAAAAGUUAAUAAUAAUAUUGUAGCAGCAGCUUUUGAAUCAUUAAAAGAAAUCGAUAAUGAUAAAUCAAGAAAAUCAUCUUUCUAUAUUAUUAAUAAUACAAUUGAUAAUGCCACUACAGUUGAAGAAAUAUUGGCAAUAUCUGAAAUAGGAUUAGUUUCUAAACAACAUGCACUAAAAGCUGUAUCUACUUUAGCUGAAUGGGCUAGUUCUGGUCGAGUAAAAUUAGCAGAAUUCGAAACUGAUAUAAGGUUUCUAAAGUUAUGUAGAAUGUUGGGGAAAGAAAACUCAAAAGAAAAAGAAAAUUUGUUUAGUGACCUGUCUACAGUUCUUGGCAUUACAGGAGAUGAUGAAGCUGCAAAAUUAAUCUCUUCAAUUAGUUUACCACAGAUGGUUAAAGUAUUAUCUACUAUUGGCGCAAAGAAAAAACGUUCAACAACUUUACUGCGGUCACUAGCAUUUAAUAUUGGAAGAUGUUCUGAAAAAAUGGAUAUUAAACAAUGUGCCGAUGUGCUUUAUGCUUUAGCUAUACUUAAUUUUCCUGAUGAAGUACUUUUAGAAAAAGUUAGUGCAGAUGUACGAAGCAAUAUGUCUACAACUGAUCGGCCAUCAGUUAUUGGAUCUAUUGUUACAAGUAUUGGAAUUUUACGAUACCGAGAUCCAGAUUUACUGGAUUCCUUAUCAACAUGGUUAGAAAAACACAUUAAAGAAUGCAAACAGCAUAUACUAAUUUCAUAUUUAUUAACAUUAGCAUAUGUUAAUUACAAACCUAAUAAUAUGGACAACAUUAUUCAAACGUUCAAAAGUACAAAGCAAUUUAAUGAUGUUGGUAAUUUAAACACAUGGCUGGAUAUUAUUUGGAGUUUAGUAGUAUUAGAAAAAGCAGACAAUGAACUUUUAGCAUCAGUUUUAUCACCUGACUUUAUUUCUAAUCUUAUGAAAUUAAAAGGUAACAAAGUUGUAUCAAUAAAAUUACUGAAUAUAAAUGGAUAUGCUAAGACCAAAUUAGAUUAUAAAGGACCAUUACUAGAUCCAGACUCUGAGAUUUUCAAACUUGAAUUAGUGAGAUCAAAAGACAAACAAGUUUUAAUGAAAACAUUGAUUGACUCUUUAUCAAUUAUGUUUCCAUCAGAAAAUUUUGUUAAAACUAAUUUUAAAACUGACUUGGGGUUUAUAAUUGAUGCGGAAUGUGCUCUUGAUUCAAAAUUAAACCCUAUACCACUUGAUAGUCCCAAAUUGAAGAGUUCAGAAACACAUCAAAUAGCUUUUAUGCUAUCUGGAUUUCAUGACAUGUGCCGUGGCUGUCAUAAUGAACCUAAUGGAAUUUCAGCCCUUAAUACACGACUAGUUCACUCUCUUGGUUAUAAGGUAUUAGCUGUUCCUUAUACAGAAUUAAGCACUCGAGACUCAUUAGUCAACAAUGUUCAAUACCUAAAAGAAAGUCUUAAAAAUUUGUUAAGUGAGCCCUAGUAUAAAUAGUUCUGUAUUUGUAUGUUUUCUUGUUUGUAUCUUAAUUAAAUUGGUAUAUUUAAAAUCAUA